UCAUAAACAGUUUACAUAUCUUUGGUAAAGAAGACUUUACAUAUUUCCACUUUCAAGUGCAAUUAUUUGGCAAAACCGCAAAACGGUUUGCCCAAGAUCUAGAUCCCAGCAUGCCCAUCUACGAAAGCGUUAUGCAGGAGAAGCCUCCUAUCGUUCUGGAAAUUGGUACCGCCUACACAAAGCUGGGCUUUGCGGCCGAGCCGUCUCCGAGGAAGAUCGUGCGCACAGAGGUUGUCCUGACCACGACGGGAUGCACCAAGCGGCUGUUUGACUACGACACGACAGAGCAGCUCUACGACCAGAUCGUCGAUUUCCUCCAGUCCCUUUUCUUCAAGAACCUGCUGGUAAGUCCCAAAGAGCGCAAGUUCGUAGUGGUGGAGAACACUUUCGGCCCCACCCUGUUCAGGGAAAAGCUGGCGAGGGUUCUGUUCGUCCAUUUUGAUGCCUCCUCGGUGCUCUUCGUGCCCGUCCACCUGAUGGCGCUCUCCACGCUGGCCGUGCCCACCGCCUUGGUUGUUGAUAUCGGCUACAGCGAAACUAGUGUCAUGCCCGUCUUCAGCGGCGUACAAAUCAUGUCUGCCUUUAGGGACCAGAGCUACGGAGGCAGGGCCGUUCACGCGGAGAUUAAGCGUCAGUUAAUGGAGACGGGCGUCAAGGAGAGCCUGCUGUCGGAGGGCGUGCUGGAGGAGAUCAAGGUGCGAACAUGUUUUGUGACAACCUUCGAGCGGGCUCAGGAAUAUGCCAAGGGCGGCGAGGAUCUGCCAAAGCCCCCGCCCGCCGUGGAGUUCAUUGUCAGAAGCGAUGACCCAGAUGAUGAGGAGAUGAUCCAGGUGCCUGGCCGCCUAAGGGAGACCGCCUUCGAGGUUAUGUUCGAGGCCAGCAAUGAGAGGGACAGCUUGCCCCAUCUUAUUCUUCGCUCCAUUCUUGACUGCACUGUGGACGUGAGGAAAUCUCUGGUCGAAAGUGUUUUCCUCAUCGGUGGUGGCUCGAUGCAUGCCGGGCUCUUGGCUCGCCUGAAACACGAACUCCAGCACUUGCUGGUCAAAGACUCCUUCUACAAGACGCGCUUUCAUGGGGACUUGCAGUUCAAGUUCUUCCCCGCCGUCGGGCAUCAGAACUUUACGGCCUGGCUGGGCGGAGCCUUGUGCGGCGCCACGGACCAUGUUCAGACCCGUUCCCUGGCCAAAGACACCUAUCUGAAGAACGAGCACGUACCCGACUGGAGCAACCUAUGCGAUAAUCGGCCAACAGGGUCCUAAAGCCGAUAACUACACACCAUACACGCUGUAAAUCUAUUCAAGCACGCACUACCGACAGUUAUUUAUUUAAAUUGGUUGAAAUUGUAUUAUAUAAGCCCAAAGUAUCCUUAUCCUGCAUGUAUAAAUUAUAGAAGAUACAAUUUUAUAAAAAAUUAAUAAAAUUAAGCUUAACUAACUCUGUGGAA